AUGAUCAAUAUAACAACAUCAAGCAGCACCAGAACGAAUUCCAUUAUCGGUUGUUCUUCUUCGUCAAUGGCAUUAGAAGCAGUUGUGAGCAAUAAAGAUCUUCUUACACAGAUUCUCUCAGGCGUUCCUCCCAAAUCCCUACUCAGAUUCAAGUAUGUUUCCAAGAAUUGGUUCAUUCUCAUCUCCGAAUCACAGUUUUCGUUCAACCACGCUCGCCAAAAUCAACCCAACCACUCCAUCGCGGGACUAUAUUUCUGUUACAACUAUUGGUGUUCCGUGAAACAAGUCAUGUCUGUCUCGCUUCACGACAAUGCAAGUCUUCCCACACUUUCUUUCCUUAACGGUGUUGGUGUUGAAAGAGAUUCUGAAAUCAAAAUUCAUAGCUUUUGCAAUGGAUUACUCCUGUGUGAGAGUAGUCAAUUUGCAGAUUUGAAUGUUAAUAGAAGUUAUAUUAUUUGUAAUGUGACCACGCAGAAAUACAAGCUACUUCCUCAAACUUGUCAAUAUUUAUCUAGAUCAUAUGCUUACUUAGCUUUUGAUCCUUCAAAAUCACUGCACUACAAAGUUUUUCUUGUAUUUGAAAGGAUUGAUAAAUUUAAUAUCUACUCUUCGGAGAGUUUGUCUUGGAAACAGAUUGAUUUGAUUACUGGACCAAGUUUAUGGGGAGGAGGAGCUUUUUGGAAUGGAGCAAUCCAUUGGUUGGGAGGAAAAGGAGGAGUUCACACUAGAUUUGACUUUGAUGCAGAGAAGCUCACGAUGCCUUCGUGUCAUUAUAUGGAAUUGAAAAUCCUCGAUAUGAAUAGGGACUACAGCAGUUGGAAUGUGAAUUGCAAUGUCAAUCUUGCACCCUUAAUUGAUUUGAAGACAGGGAAGGUGCUUAUUGAUUUUCUCGUUGGCAUCUUGGAUAAUGUUAUUUGUCAUUAUGGUCUUCAUAAUCCUUUCCGAUUCAUCGAGAGUAUGUCCCCUGUUUGA